GGCAUUAUUUUUACAUGGGUUUUGGACCGUUAAAUACCCUAAUCAAAUCUUGAUUUUCUUCACAUUUUCCUCUGAAAUCAGAACUUUGUUGCAAUUGAGGUCGAUUCUUGAUCUGGGCAUAUCAAAAAAUGGGGAAAAAUCAAGCUUACAAAGCUAUGCAAAGAGCGAGACUUGGCUCUAGCUCUGCAGGCCCAGAAGAGGUCGAAGAUGGCAUGGUGGAUGGUUCUUUUCAUUCACCAGCUUGGCAUGCUGCUCGUUUGGCCAGCCUUAAUACUUCUCACACAGUCACAUGGGAAGAGUUUAAGAAGAAGCAAAAGGAAGAUGAACUUAAAAAGGGUGCACUGGAAGCUGAUACAGAUAGAAUGAUGAGAGAGUACAGAGCUCAACUUGAUGCUGAAAGGUCCCGGAAACUCGCCCAUGGAAGAAACCAUUCUAGUAGCAAAUCUAAUCAUAAGAAGGAUAGAAAGGAAAAAGAUUCAAAGAAGCAUGGCAGUAGAAAGAGAAAGCAUUCAAAGCGGAGAUCUUCAGAUUCCAGCUCAUCAAGUUCAUCCUCAGAAUCUUCAAGCAGCGACGAGGAGGAAAGAGAAUCUAGAAGAUCAAAGUCGAGAUCUAAGAAAAGAAAGAAGGAAAAGAAGCACAGGUCAAGAUCCAAGAACCCGGGCAGUGAUGCUGAAGAGGCUGAUGGUCCAGUGCCACUCUCAAGAUUCUUUGGGAGCGUGAAGACCUAAUUGGUUGAAGAUGGUGUCACAUAUGCAAAAUUCGCGUAAAGCUCUUCCCAGAGCAAGAGCGAACUCGACCGUCUUAUUCCUCAACGCGAGUGAUUGGCUUAUAUCAAACGUAAGCGAUUAUUUCUUUUGAAUUAUUGAGCUUGUAAUGGUUUCGUAAUUUUCCUCCAUGAAAUUAUUUUCCUAUUGGUUUGUUUUGGAGAAAUAGGCUGCAUUUGCCACAAGGCUUAGGAUUGUAGCAGUAGAGUAAGAGAUGCCAAACACUUAUGUAUUGUGUUUGGUGCAUGAAUACAGGAUAAUUUAGGUAUCCUGCUUUGUAUGUUUCAGACAGAAUUGGAUUUGUAAGAAUUGAUAAUAAUAUAAACUUAUAUAUCUCCCUAGUAA